GUUCUUCUUUCACGCUGAAGUUCAGAGAGUUUUUACAGAGAAGAAGACUUUUCAUCAAUGGCUGCCUCAGAUGAGAUUGGAUCGCUCGCAAGAGCUUUCUCAGGUAUUGGAGUGGAUGAGAAGACGAUGAUAUCGAUUUUGGGGAGGCUGCAUCCAAAUGAGAGGCAGAGCUUCAGAAAAGGCAGCCGCGACUUAUUCGUGGAAGAUGAGCGUCAAUUUGAGCGAUGGAACGAUCGCCACAUCCUCCGACUUCAGCACGAGUUCUUACGUCUCAAGGAUGCAAUUGUGGUUUGGACAAUGCAUCCAUGGGAGAGGGAUGGCCGGCUGGUAAAGAGGGCAUUAGAGGAGGUGCCUUUUCAAGCUGACAUCCUUAUUGAAGUUGCAUGCAGCCGAUCAUCCGACGAGCUCUUAGGCGCACGCCGAGCCUAUCAUUCCCUAACCGAUCGCUCCAUUGAGGAAGAUGUUGCUUUUCGCAUCCAUGGCCCCGAGAAAAAGCUCUUGGUUGCGCUCGUUAGCGCGUAUCGUUACGAAGGCCCCCGAGUGGAUGAAGAAGCUGCGAGAGCUGAAGCCAAGUCCCUUUCAGAUAUUCAUAAGCAAUUAGGCCUCCAAAUUGAUAAUGAGGAGGUUAUUAGGAUAUUAUCCACAAGGAGUAAACUCCAUCUCCAGGCCAUCCACAAGCAUUACAAGGAAAUCACUGCAGGCAAUAAUUUGGAUGAGGAUGUUGAUGGGUACUUGAAGCAGACAGUAGAAUGCUUGUGCACCCCUCACAAGUAUUUCGCCAAGGUAUUAAAUGCGUCGUUGGACCCGUCGGGGCAUGAAGAAAAGAAACAAGGGCUGACUAGGAUAACGGCGACUCGGGCGGAUGUAGAUAUGAAGCAAAUCAAACAAGAAUACCAUGAUAAAUAUGGUGAGGAUCUCUCCACAAAGGUUGCUCAAGUGGCUAAUGGCAACUAUAGAGAUUUUAUACUCACUUUGAUUAAUGCAAGAGAAUCUUGAUCGAUCGAUCAUUCCGUUUGUAGUAAUGACACUCAUUUUAUAUAUUUGUCUUUUUUUUUCUUUUUUUUUAAAAAUAAGAUUCUAUUGAUGUAAAAUUGUUAUAAAUGUGUUGUGUUGCGUGCAUUGAGUAUUAUUAUCAUUAUUAUUGUUAUUAUCAUCAUUUACUUUUAUAAAUUUUGUAUUGCUGAAUA